AUGAGAGGGAGAAACACCACAAAUGGUUGCUUAGAUUGCUCUGUAGUGUUGUCGAGAGGAAGAGAACAACAAAGACCCACCAUGUCAUUACAAAGAGACAACAGAGAUCCAUUAGACGUCACAAUAAAUACCCACUAUGCCGUGAUAAGAGAUAAUGGAGAGGUGACAGAGAACCACUGUGUGCGUAACACAGGGAGGACGAAAGCCCACCACACCACCAUAAAUAGGCGUCGAAGAGGUCACAGGCGCAUCGCGACAAAGGGGCAACAAAGAGGACAAAGAGGUUACGAGCUUCAAUAG